AUGGUAAAGUUUCUCUCCCUGACUACCUCAAAGCGCCUAGCAGACAGGAAAAUAGCAAGGUUUGAAAGGAAUAUCAGCAAGAAAGGAUCAGAAAACACUAAGAAAGGAUAUGCAUACCCUGUGGGCCCAAUUGUGCUUGGGUUCUUCAUCUUUGUUGUCGUUGGAUCAUCUCUGUUUCAGAUCAUUAGAACAGCUUCAAGUCGUGGGAUGCUCUAA